UGAUUAUGGAAGAUUGAGGAUGAAUAUGAUAUGUGCAUUGACUAUUCGGUCGACAUCAUGCAGCCCGGGACCUAGAGAGCGGGCGGUAAGCGCCGGUGGGGGAAGCGUAUGCGACGUAUGUCAAUGGAGGCUGGGAUCCAGUCUAGCCUUUCAUCAGGGUCUUGGAGUGAGCUUUACUAAUAGGAUGCCGGUAAGUCGCCGGGCGCCGGCUUUGCGUUUGUUAACGCCUUGGACAAUAAAGAAACUUAUCGUUA